AUGGCGUCCACGCUUUGCUCUCCCCGCCACCACGACCGCUCACAUCUCUGCCGCCGCCUGCGCCCCCGCCCCUCCCCUCCCGGCCACGCUCGUCCCCGGAGCGGCGCCGCCGGCCCAUCAGGAUUGAACACCACGAAAUACCUUUGUUCCCACCCAAUGUCCACCGGCAGGGGUUCUCCCGUAUCGUGUUCAUCCGUGGAAGCAUCCAAAAGCAAGCAAGGACCAGAACAUCUCAUUGUUCUGGUUCAUGGUAUCAUGGCAAGCCCCAGUGACUGGACAUAUGGGGAAGCAGUGCUGAAAAAGAGGCUUGGUGAUAAUUUCUUCAUCUAUGCUAGUUCAUCAAACAUCUACGCCAAAUCUUUUGACGGAAUCAAUGUAGCUGGAAGGAGGUUAGCGAAAGAAGUCUUGGACGUGGUUCAGAAGAUGGCCGGCUUGAAAAAGAUUUCCUUCAUAGCACAUUCUUUGGGUGGUUUGUUUGCUAGAUAUGCUAUUUCUAUACUAUAUUCACAGCAAGCAAAAGAAACUGGAAGUGGUGCUGGUGUCAUGCUGACAAGUGGAGGAUCUGAAAUAUCACGCACUUCAGGAUUAGGUGCCAUUGCUGGGUUGGAGCCAACUAAUUUUAUUACAUUGGCAACCCCACAUCUUGGUGUUAGAGGAAAAAAUCAGCUUCCAUUUCUUCAAGGGCUGUCAAUUCUAGAGAAACUUGCAGCACCUUUGGCACCCUUCAUUGUCGGACGCACUGGUGCUCAACUCUUUCUCACUGAUGGCGAACCUAGCAAGCCACCUCUCCUUCUACUAAUGACAUCUGACCACGAGGACAAAAAGUUCAUAUCUGCACUAGCAGCUUUUAAGAACCGCAUUCUGUAUGCUAAUGUUUCAUAUGACCAUAUGGUUGGUUGGAAAACAUCCUCAAUAAGGAGAGAAUUGGACCUUAGAAAGCCCUUGCAUCGUUCAGUUGAUGGCUACAAGUACAUUGUGAAUGUGGAAUACUGUUCGCCUGUGUCGUCCGACGGUCCCCAUUUUCCUUUGCGGGCAGCCAGAGCUAAAGAAGCUGCACAAAGUACACCGAACAUGGAAAAUACCCAGGAAUAUCACCAGAUGAUGGAGGAGGAGAUGAUUCGUGGGUUGCAGAGAGUGGGUUGGAAGAAAGUAGAUGUGAACUUCCAUGCAUCAAUGUGGCCUUACUCUGCUCACAACAACAUGCAUGUUAAGAAUGAGUGGCUUCACAAUGCGGGUGCCGGUGUGAUCGCCCACGUCGCAGACAGCUUGAAACAGACAUGUCUGCCUGCCAACAUGUAA